CAGAUGUGGAGCAGGAGGCUGGUGUGGGCUGCGGUGUGGGCGGCGGUGUGGGCGGCGGUGGUGGUGGUGGGCGCCCACGGUACAUUCUUCAGGAGCAGAGGGCGGCAGAGGCCCAUGUGCUACCCGAUGUACAAGUACAUCACCGUGUACCAGACGGAGACUGUACAGCAACCUGUGUAUAUGACAGUAUACCAGACCCAGCAGAUCCCCACCACCUUGUACCGGACCACCUACAAGACGGUGAACCGGGUCCAGUACAGCACAGAGUACGUGCCCCAGUACCGCACCACCACCGCCUUCCGCACCAGGUACAGCACCAGCACCCUCUACUCCACCACGUACAGCGUGCAGUACGAGCCCACGUACAUCACCACCACCGCGUACGUGCCCUCGUACGUCACCACCACGGACGUCUCGUACCAGUACAAGACGAAGACCAAGUACGAGACGCGGUACUCGACGGUGACGCAGCCGCAGUACCUCACAUCGACACAGUACCAGACACAGUACCAGACGGAGUACCAGACACGGUAUGAACCUAAAUAUGUCACAGUAACCAGCACUCAACAGGCCUACCAGACUCAGUGCCCUCAGCAGGGCUACGGGGCAUCUCAGCUGGGCUACGGGGCAUCUCAGCUGGGCUACGGGGCAUCUCAGCAGGGUUCUGGGGCAUCUCAGCUGGGCUACGGGGCAUCUCAGCAGGGCUACGGGGCAUCUCAGCAGGGCUACGGGGCAUCUCAACAGAGUUCUGGGGCAUCUCAACAGGGCUACGGGGCAUCUCAACAGAGUUCUGGGGCAUCUCAACAGGGAUACGGGGCAUCUCAACAGGGAUACGGGGCAUCUCAACAGAGUUCUGGGGCAUCUCAACAGGGCUACGGGGCAUCUCAACAGAGUUCUGGGGCAUCUCAACAGGGAUACGGGGCAUCUCAGCAGGGCUACGGGGCAUCUCAGCAGGGCUACGGGGCAUCUCAGCAGGGCUACGGGGCAUCUCAACAGAGUUCUGGGGCAUCUCAACAGGGAUACGGGGCAUCUCAACAGGGAUACGGGGCAUCUCAACAGAGUUCUGGGGCAUCUCAACAGGGCUACGGGGCAUCUCAACAGGGCUACGGGGCAUCUGAACAAGGUUCUGGGGCAUCUCAGCAGGGAUACGGGGCAUCUGAACAGAGUUCUGGGGCAUCUCAACAGGGAUACGGGGCAUCUCAACAGGGAUACGGGGCAUCUGAACAGAGUUCUGGGGCAUCUCAACAGGGAUACGGGGCAUCUCAACAGGGAUACGGGGCAUCUCAGCAGAGUUCUGGGGCAUCUCAACAGGGAUACGGGGCAUCUCAACAGGGAUACGGGGCAUCUCAACAGGGAUACGGGGCAUCUGAACAGAGUUCUGGGGCAUCUCAACAGGGAUACGGGGCAUCUCAACAGGGAUACGGGGCAUCUGAACAGAGUUCUGGGGCAUCUCAACAGGGAUACGGGGCAUCUCAACAGGGCUACGGGGCAUCUCAGCAAGGCUCUGGGGCAUCUCAGCAGGGGUACGGGGCAUCUCAGCAAGGGUACGGGGCAUCUCAGCAAGGCUCUGGGGCAUCUCAGCAAGGCUCUGGGGCAUCUCAGCAAGGGUACGGGGCAUCUCAGAUAACUCCUGCCCCAGUUUACUCAGCUCCAGUACCUGUAGAACAGCCACUUCAGUCCUAUAGAGCCCUAUAUACAUCAGCGCCUCAGCAGUCCUAUGAAGUUCCAUCCCCACAGCAGUCCUAUGAAGUUCCAUCCCCACAGCAGUCCUAUGAAGUUCCCUCCCCACCAUCCCCACAGCAGUCCUAUGAAGUUCCCUCCCCACAGCAGUCCUAUGAAGUUCCCUCCCCACAGCAGUCCUAUGAAGUUCCCUCCCCACAGCAGUCCUAUGAAGUUCCCUCCCCACAGCAGUCCUAUGAAGUUCCUUCCCCACAGCAGUCCUAUGAAGUUCCCUCCCCACAGCAGUCCUAUGAAGUUCCAUCCCCACCAUCACCUCAGCAGUCCUAUGAAGUUCCAUCCCCACCAUCACCUCAGCAGUCCUAUGAAGUUCCAUCCCCACCAUCACCUCAGCAGUCCUAUGAAGUUCCAUCCCCACCAUCACCUCAGCAGUCCUAUGAAGUUCCAUCCCCACCAUCACCUCAGCAGUCCUAUGAAGUUCCAUCCCCACAGCAGUCCUAUGAAGUUCCAUCCCCACAGCAGUCCUAUGAAGUUCCAUCCCCACAGCAGUCCUAUGAAGUUCCCUCCCCACAGCAGUCCUAUGAAGUGCCUCCUAUACAGACACCUACUCAGUCCUAUGAGCCUCCUUCAGCACCAUCACCUCAGCAGUCCUAUCAAGCUCCUUCAGUACCCCUACCUCAAGAGUCCUAUGAACUCCCAUUAGCACCAGCACAACUGGAAUCCUAUGGAGGUGCUAUAGGACCAGCACUUCAGGAUAUCUAUGCCUCGCCAGUCACACCCUCAUUUCAAGACUCCUAUGAAGUGCCAACUGGACUUGGAACACAGGACUCCUAUGCAGGUCCCACGCCACAAGAACUUCAGGAGUCCUACGACACUCCUGCGCCCCCAGCUCCUGUUUACAUCAGUCCCCCAGCGCCUCAGGAGACCUAUGGUCCUAUCCAGCCAGAGAUAUUAUCUGUGCCUCCUGUAGCCGUUCUGGAAUCCUAUGACGGUUCACAAGAAGAAUUUCCACAGGAUUCGAACAGCGGCUCCGUACAGGGGAUACGGGAUUCCUACGACAGUCCUCCACAGGUGCCACCGCCAGAGCAGUCUUAUGGCGCCCCGUCGGGGGACUUCGGUCUUGGGCCGGAUUCCUUCGGGAGUUUCGUACAGGGCAACGGUGGGGGCUCCUUCGCUGUCUACAGAGACCAGAGGAAGCGGGAACUUCCUCCUGAGGACAUCAAGGCGUCGAAGGACCAACAGGCGCAGGAGGCCAGCAGGAAGAAGGACUCCCUUGACGCAGGUCCUCAGCGAAAAAGGCGUACGUGA